AUGGCUAUCACCGUCGGGGUUCUGGCCCUACAGGGCGCAUUUUUUGAGCAUGUGCAGCUCUUGAAAAAAGCUGCCGAGCAACUGCCGUCGUCGGAAUGGCACUUCAUUGAAGUACGGACGCCACAAGAGCUAGCAACAUGCGAUGGCCUAGUCUUGCCCGGAGGCGAGAGUACCACCAUGUCUUUGGUCGCAGCGAGAUCAAAUCUUCUCGAGCCAUUGCGGGAAUUUGUAAAAGUGGAUCGCAAACCAACAUGGGGUACAUGCGCCGGGCUCAUUCUGCUAGCUGAGUCUGCCAAUAAGACGAAGAAGGGCGGGCAAGAGCUGAUCGGUGGCCUCGAUGUGCGAGUGAACCGAAACCACUUCGGCCGACAGACAGAAAGCUUCCAAGGCCCGUUGGAUCUACCAUUCUUGGGUCCGAAUGCGCCUCCCUUCCCAGCAGUAUUCAUUCGGGCCCCUAUCGUGGAAAAAAUCCUCCCUCACCAUGAGGGCGUUCAAACAGAAGAGGUUCAAUAUGACGACGUUGUUGUGGCACCAUCCAGACAAGCGCGGGACUUGGUGGCGCAAGCAGCAACAGCAGAGCACGUCGAGGUACUAGCAACACUGGCGGGACCGGCAGCUCAAAAUGCCACGGCGGGUCGAGACGUCAAUCCAGACCUAGAAACUGGCGACAUUGUUGCAGUGCGACAGGGCAAUGUAUUUGGCACCAGCUUCCACCCGGAGCUGACAGGCGACGCAAGAAUCCAUACUUGGUGGCUGCACGAAGUUCAAGCAGCAGUGCUGAAACGCGAUAAGUUAAAGCAAUAA